ACCCCACCACCACGAGUCAACAACCACCCUUAGCUCCGAAGAUGCUGAUCUGUCACUCCGAACCUAAGGCUCGGACAGCCGUUUUCCCUGUUGCAUAUUCCCGACAUAAAAUUACAUUAUUUUUGUUUUUCACUGACACUGAAACGAAUCGCAAAUGUAAACAAUAAAACCCACUUCUCUCACUCGUAGCAUUUAUGACUCUUUCUUUCUUCACAAAGCCACCCUGAAAAAAAUCUCAGAAACAAAAAGCAACAAGGAAGAAGAAAGUAUAUUCAGCUCUUGAUUUCGCUUCCUUCUUAAGCCAUUUUGAUUUCUCUUUUUGUCUCUCUCUCUCUCUUCCAAGAAAUCUUCUUUUAUAUUUCUUCAAUCUCCCUCCUUUUUAAGUCACUUUGACGUCACUAGUAUCAGAAUCCGCCAUUAAAACUCCCACAAGAACCCUUGAUUUCUAUCACACAAUCAUCUCUUUCCGACCCAUUUCCCAACUUUAAAUCUUGUCUCUGUUUUUACUCCUCUGAAGCUGUAACGGCUACAAUGAAAUUUGCUACUCUGUUUUGGGUUUUGCUGCUUCUUCUUCGAUUCGGUUUAUUCGUGAAAUCGAUCAUCGUACCAGUUGAUUUCUUGGCUCUACAAGCUAUUCGUAAAUCGCUCGAUGAUUUACCAGGUUCAAAUUUCUUCGAUUCAUGGGAUUUUACCUCUGACCCUUGUAACUUCGCCGGAGUUUACUGUGACGGUGAUAAAGUAACUGCGCUUAACCUCGGUGAUCCAAGAGCCGGUUCACCCGGUUUAUCUGGUCGGAUUGACCCGGCUAUUGGAAAACUCUCUGCUUUAACGGAGCUCUCGAUCGUACCGGGUCGGAUCAUGGGUUCGUUACCGCACACAAUCUCGCAGUCAAAGAAUCUUCGAUUUCUCGCAAUCAGUCGGAAUUUUCUCUCCGGUGAGAUUCCGGCGAGUCUCGGCGAGCUUCGGAGACUCAAAACACUUGAUCUGAGCUAUAACCAGCUAACCGGGUCGAUUCCUCCGCCAAUCGGGUACUUACCGGAGUUAUCCAAUCUGAUUCUAUGUCACAAUCACUUGAACGGAUCAAUUCCUCAAUUCCUCUCACAAAGCUUAACACGAAUCGAUCUCAAACGCAAUAAUCUCACCGGCAUAAUCUCUCCGACGUCUCUUCCGCCGUCGUUACAAUAUCUCUCACUCGCUUGGAACCACCUAACCGGACCAGUAAACCGGGUUUUACUCAGAUUAAACCAGCUCAAUUACCUCGAUCUCAGCUUAAACCGGUUCACCGGUGCAAUCCCCGGUCAGAUCUUCACCUUCCCGAUCACCAACCUCCAAUUACAACGCAAUUUCUUCUACGGCGUGAUUCAACCGGUGAAUCAGGUAACAAUUCCGACCGUCGAUUUAAGCUAUAACAGAUUCUCCGGCGAGCUUUCUCCGCUUCUCUCCAACGUACAGAAUAUCUAUCUAAACAAUAACCGGUUCACCGGUCAAGUACCAGUUAGCUUCGUAGAUCGGUUAUUGGCAUCGAAUAUACAAACACUAUACCUCCAACACAACUUCUUGACGGGAAUACAAAUUAGCCCCGCGGCGGAUAUUCCGGUGAGCAGCUCGCUUUGUCUGCAAUACAACUGUAUGGUGCUACCGGUACAGACGCCGUGUCCGGUUAAGGCCGGUUUGCAGAAAACCAGACCCACAACGCAGUGCAACGAGUGGCGAGGAUAAAGGCGUAAUUUCGUGAAUUUGUGGGAUUUCGUGUCUUUCUCCGGUUAUUUUGUUACGAUAACUUUCGAGUUUCGAGGGUAGCAAAAAAAACGAUUUGUUUAUUCGUUGGUGACUUUGUGAAUUGGUUAAUGGUAUUAAUGAUGAUGUAUGUCAACUUUAAUUACAUCUCA